UCAUCUGCCAAAUUCCCUAAAUCCAAGUUACCCAAAAGAUUUCUCUCAGCCUCCAUCUCUCACUCUCGUCUCGUCUCUCCGCCCUCUCCACCUCACGAAGUCUUACUCUCGUCUCGUCACUCUGCCCUCUCCGCCUCACGAAGUCUUCUCAACUCAUCUCUGCCUCACGAAGUCAACUUUCCGGCCAGCCAUCUGCCUUGGUGGUGCCGAGCGAUUCUGACUCUAACGAUUCGCAGAAAAAGUUGAAAAUUGGGGUCGUUUUGUCGGGAGGCCAGGCACCUGGAGGGCACAAUGACAUUUCUGGAAUUUUUGAUUACUUGCAGGAGCGUGCUAAAGGCAGCGUAUUGUAUGAUUUCAGGGGAGGUCCAACUGGAAUCAUGAAGGGCAAGUAUGUGGAACUUACACCAGAAUAUAUUUACCUGUACAGAAACCAGGGUUGUUUCUGCUCCUGGCAAGGUUUUGAUGACUGGGGGAUAUCUUAUUUUGGAGAGACCGAAUCCAGGGCUUGUUCUCAGUACAAGCGCUCGUUUCUACGCCAUUGUUAAACCUCUUCUCGAAGAAAUUAAGCCUGAUAGUUGGGCCUGGGCAUGGACAGAUGUGAAAGUGACAUCUCCUCAGCUUAAUAGAGAAAGCAUGUAUAAGUUGUCAAUGAAAAAUCUGACGCUUCAGAGUGUUUCAAGGCAAGUUUAUACUAGGGAGUCGGGGAACCCUUUUGUGGAGCAAGCAGUGCAGUACUUUGUGGCAGCUGCAUAUGCUACAGCUGACAAGGACAGGAAGGAAGUGUUACAAGAACUACUACUGCAAGGUCUUGAUAUCACCAUUUUAGGUAGCAAUGACUUUUAUUCAUAUCGGAAUCAGAUUGAAGCACGUGGACUCCCUUUGUUGCCUGAAUCAUUGGCUGCUCUUCCUCCUUUUGCAUCAAUUACUUUCAAUUCUGGGGAAUCCAGCAGAGAAAAUAGCAAGCCAGAAGUUGCAAAAACUGGAUUGGGUUCAUCUACUGCUAUGACAUCUUCGGUGGUUGCUGCUUUGCUUCAUUACCUAGGAGUUGUUGAUCUUGCUUACGUGAAGGGCACUGCAGAUCUGGAUGUGGUGCAUAUUAUAGCUCAAACUGCUCAUUGCAUUGCACAGGGGAAAGUUGCCAGUGGAUUUGAUGUUAGCUCUGUAGUUUAUGGUAGCCAUCGUUAUGUCCAUUUUUCACCAGAAGUUGCCAUAAAAGGUGCUCCCCUAGGAGAAGUGGUUAUCGAAAUUUUAAAAGGAAAAUGGGACCAUGAGAGGACAAAGCUAUCCUUGCCACCAUUAAUGAAUCUUUUACUUGGAGAACCAGGAACUGGAGGAUCAUCUACACCAUCAAUGGUAGGUGCUGUUAAAAAAUGGCAGAAGUCUAACCCCGAAAAAUCACAGGAAACAUGGACAAAGUUGUCAGAGGCUAAUUCUACACUUGAAACACAGUUAAAUACAUUAUGUAAAUUAGCAGAAGAACACUGGGAUGAAUAUAAGAAACUAAUUAACAGCUGCGGCUCACUUAAACCUGAAAAGUGGAUGGAGCAAGCCACUCAACAAAGUCAAGAGGUCAUUGCCAAAGCUUUAUUAGGCGCCAGAGUUGCUAUGCUUGGGAUCCGGUAUCAUAUGCGUCAGAUGGGCGAGGCUGCAGGCAUUCCGUGGCUUCAUUGGAUUUCAAAUUGGAGGGAACUUUAUUUGCAGCAAUUUGCAAGAGAAACGGUUGAUCAGAAACUAGUCAAAGAGUUUGCCAAGUACAAGAUAUGUCACCUCCAUCUACAAAAGGAAAGAGGCCAAAACACAUACCUACAUGAAAAUUAGUUAAACUCCUCAAUGAAAAGAGGAAGAGCUUUAGACUAAAUUUGGAAAUGGAUUAGGUUGUUGAAGAGAGAUGGAGCAAGUGCACAAAGGAUGAUGAAUUGAAGGAUGGAGCAAGUUUCACGCAUGGUUUACUUUUGUGUAUCUUGUAAUGUUUCUAUUUUUCAUUUUUGAAGUAAAAAUUGUUCAAGAUUAUAAAACUUUAUUAUGUUAUGCUUUCAAACUUAAGUUAGAACUAAGUUCUCAUGAAGUAGACACAUUCAUGGUUUGAAUUAGUUAUUGUUUAAUGUAAUACUUAUGGUUUAUCAAUCUAUUGAGAAUUACAUUUUAUGAUUAA